CAACAACCGAAAGUCAUCUCUCACAACAGCAACAAAUUCCACCAAACCAAACAACCGCAAACACCGCCAACAUGCCUUUCACCGGAAGCGACAUCAUCAAGAUCAUCUUCGCCAUCUUCAUUCCCCCAAUCGGAGUGUUCCUCGAGCGUGGCUGCGGCGCCGACCUCCUCAUCAACAUCCUCCUCACCAUUCUGGGUUACAUUCCUGGCAUCAUCCACGCUCUGUACAUCAUCCUCAAGUACUAGAUGCUUCAAACCAGCCACCACCACCACCAACCCUGUUCGAUGAUACCCUUUCGGCGCUUAGGAAGGAUUUCCACAUGCUUCACGACCACGAACCGAUCACGAUGAACUCUUUCGACACGCGCUUCUCGAAUGGCACCCGCUGCGUUUCGGCGUGAGGAUUGCCUGGUAAUGCGGCUUUGGACUUUCGUGAGGAGUGGACAAUCUCUACGAAGCAUCGAGUUAUGGCUUGAGCGUUCUCUUGGAUAGCAAGCAUAUGGCGUUAAUGAUACUGCGAAAUGGUCACUUUGUUCUUGCCUCG